AUGUCUUCUUCAUCAACCGACAACCAAGACGACAAUAAUAAUGAGGCAAAUGGUUUAUCACAAACAGUACAUCCACUGACACCAUCAGUAACGGAAGUACAAACACCAAUAUUAGAACAACAAAAUUAUCAAACAACAUUUCAUGAGGAAACCAUGAUUGAUCAAAUCGACGCAAUUAUUCGUCGUUUGUUGACAAGUCCAAAUCAUCAAUCUCCAUAUCAAUUCGCCUUUCGAUGGACUGCUACUGAACCUUAUGGUCUCAAUUAUAGUGUGGCAUUGACUAUUCAUGAGACAACAUUUCCUAAUUGA